AAUGUUCGUGAUAAUUGUUUUGACGGGAGUAGGAUGUAUUUUCUCUCUGUUUUCAUGUUUAAACUUGUGAAUUACGGAAAUUUUAACUAAAUAAAAUUUAAUGUGACAUUUAUUUUUAAAUACUGUUCGUAUAGGCCGUACCGUAUACUAGAAUUUUACCAUAGUGUUCUUUACUGUUAAUAAUUGUGUUGGAAUAAAUAUGUCUUCUAUUGAAAGUACAUCUGUCAGAACUAAUGAUUAUUUAUCAAGACUUGAAGUUGACGAUGAGGAUGGGUAUCUGUUUCAAGAUCAAUUAAACCGUUUGGUGAGCAGACACGACCCUCUGAUUGGUAUACGCCAAAAAACUGUGCACUUCAGUAUUCAAAGCUUCUGAAAGGAGUUGAAGAUUUCAAGAAAAAAGCCUUACCUAGGACUGAAAGGGAAACUUCAGAAGAAAUGCUUGUUAAAAAUCUCACCGAUAAAAGGUUAAAUGAAUUGAUGCGAUUGAAUCAACAAACAAGAGCAACAGCAAAUGUCUUAAAGAUUUAUUUAGAAAUGGUUGAAAGUGGUGAAUUUGAUGAACAUAUAGAUGAUUUGUUGAAACAGAUAGAGGACUUAGAAAAACGUGAAGAAGAAGACUUAAAUGAAUACUUGACAAAACGAGAAAAUUUAAAUUCUGCAAAAAAAUUAAAUAAAUGUCGCAUCACCUUAAGUAAAGGUAAAGCUCCCCUAAGAGCAGUUGAAUCAAAGCGAAAAAAUUCUCCAAAUUCAGAUCUGUGUGAAGAUGCUUCAUCUCAACAUCCUGCUCCAGAUAUAGUAAUUAAAACUGAGAUUGAUACGGAUGAAGAAUAUGGCACACCAUCUAGAACAGCUCACAUUAGAGCAGAAGUAGAUAACUCACCAUCUGUAAAUAUGCUUCUUGACAGCACGAAAGGAACAAAUGUAACUUCCUUAUCAAAUCCUUCUACACCUACAUCACCUCUUCUUACAUCUCUUCUGCGCAAUGUUUCAUCUGCUAAUCCUUGCAAUCAGACUACAUUUUCUGUUGGUUCAUCACCUUUAAAAGAGGUUAAGGUUGAAAGCUCAUCUCACCCACCUAUGCUUCACGUCGACACUUCAUCGGCAAAUUCUCGAAAAAAUGAUGUCUUUCUUUCUCCGCCAAAAAUUCCAUCCGCAGGUAUAUCACCUCUACUAACAUCCCUGCUCAAAACUCCAACUACAGCUGUUACCUUGGCACCAGCUAGCACUAGCACAGCUUCACUUCAUAAAGAGUGUGAUUUUGCUGAUACUUCGGAUAAUGCUAAAUCUGGCCUUCUAUCAGAAAUUGAAGUAGGAGGGCUUACAAAGUCCAGAGAAACCUCUCCCCGAAGCACUGUACCACAAUCACCACGUCCUGCACCUGCAUCAUCUCCUUUACUGAAUUCACUCUUAAAAAAUUCCCCUUCGAAUGCACCUACUUUUUCUCCUUUGCAAAUACAACAGCCAAAAGAAGCUACAACUCCAAAGGCAGUCUCGUCUCCUCAACCAUUCUUCAAUCCUACUAGUGCACUGGCUACUGCAGCUGCUCAGCAACUUGCUGUAGCAACUGCGACUCUUCCUCAGACUCACCAGUUUUUUCUUAAUGAUUCACCAGAAAAUCGCAAACAUUCUAUACAGAAUUCUCCGGCUACUUCUGCAUGCUUGUCAGCACCUACUUUAUCAAAACUUUUGGAGAUGCCACCAAGUACUCCAGGAAGGUUACCACCACUUCCUGUUGUAGAAGCUCCUGUCACAUCUGUGUCUUCAAUCUCCACAUCACCGUCAGAUAAUGUUUCCAGUGAAUCUAUGUCAAAAUCUAGUACAAUACAAGUGCCUGAUGCUGAACCAUCAGUUAGGCAAUCUCCGGACAAAAAAUUAAGUGAUAAAACAAGUUAUGAUAAAAUAACUGUUUCAGAAUCACCUAAAACUUCAAAAGACUCUGAAUUACAGGAAGAAGAGAAAAAUAUUCCAGCAUCAAAGAGUAAUGAGAAAAAUAAGUUUUCUAAUCAGAAGUCACCGCAGACAGAUACUUCAUUAGAUAUUGAAAAUACAUCGCAAGAAAAUUUACUCGAUAUACUCGAAGAAGCCAGUGAAAGUAUAAAUGAGUUUUUGGCAAAGGAAGAAAUUAAAACAGAGCCAAUGGAUAUAGAAGACUAUCAAUGUUCUGUGGAUGUUACUCAAGAAGCGCAACAAUUAACGAGCCCGGAUGUGAAAAGUAUUCCCAUAAAAAUUGAGGAUUUUUUUCCUGAAGAUGUUUCCAAUAUAAGCAGUCAGGCUGAAAAGAAACUUCCCAAUUUUGAAAAUAAAAUUGAAGAAAAAGUUGUUUCGUCUCCUAAUAUAAUAGAGUGCGUAGAUUCACUCACUAGUGAAGGUGAACAAGUGAAGAAAGAUGUAGACAUUGUAAAUACAUCUUCUGAGCCAAGUGGAGUGCCUGAGACUGUCAGUUCUGACAAAGCUGAUGUCACUCCUGAAGAGGAUCGAGGAAUAAACAGUAGAAAAUUUUAUAAAAGCCGAAUGACAUCUAAGAAGAGAUCAUCAACGGAAGAAGAAUCCUCAGAAAAGUCUCAUGAUGGAACACCAUUAAAGCCACCAGCCAAGAAAAUACGGACAAAGCUAGAUUUCGAUGCUUCUCCUCAGCAUUUUAUCAGUGACAGUGCUGCUGAUGUUCCAGUUAAACAAUCAGAUGAUCUUUCUGGGCCAAAAGAUCAGGAAACUAAAUCACCUACAAAGGGAGCCGAGACAAAAUCUCCUGCAUCUAAGAAACCUAGAAUAUUUGAGAAAGCAGCAAGUAAAGAGAGCAAAGAGCAUAGUGAGGAUGAAGUUCCAUUAGCGAAACGUGCGGGAAGAAGAGAAUAUUUUGCAGCAAGAAAAGGACGAGGCAAAGUUCCAAAGACAACACCAACAAAAACAGAAGAGCCAAAAGACCAAUAUGAAUUUUCUGAAAGUACAGAAGAAAACUCUGUAGGCUAUCAAACUACCAAUACCUUGUGCUACAUGCCCCGAGUGAAAGAUGAGAGUCGUUUUGAGGAAUCUAAAGCCAAAGCAGGAGCUAUUCAGGAUUCAGAGGAAAGAAAGUCUUCAAACAUGGGAUCUCCAGUUGUGGAGAAAAAGUACUUGCAUUCUCCUUUAAGAAGUAAACAAGCACGGACAUCUCUUGGAUCCACUCCCAGUCGUAAAAAUUUGUUUGCUUCUGACGAAGAAAGGAUGUCUGAUUCAUUGACAUCAGAUGAAACAUCUAAUUCUGUGUUUGGAGAUGAUAAAUUAAAAAAAUGGAAAGAUUCAACUGAAAAAGAAGGCGAUGAUACAAAGGAUCUCAGUGAAUCUAAAACUGCCAGUCGACCUCCUAAAAGUAAUGAUUCACCCAAGAAGAAGAGCCAGCCUGCCAAGAAAAAUACUAUAAAAAGUGAGACGCCAGUUAAGAAAGAAAAGAAGCUUACUAGUUCAGAUUUAGAAGAGCUAUCUAGAGAUUCAGAGGAUGUUUCUACUUUGUCUACAUGGCAAAGAAAAGAAGGGGAUUCUAAAGAAAAGAAUCCAAGUACUUCAGGUGACAUAGAUAUUGAAACUACUGAUAGUCACCUCUCCUCUUCGGUUGCUGCAGAGUCUGAUAAACAGAUGGACGACAUUGAAGGCUUUGAAUCAUUACAAGGGUCUGUUACGACUGAAUUUUCUCCUCUGCCUCCUUCUGAAAUGAAAGAGGAGAAAGAUAUAUCUCAGUUUGGGAAACAAGACUGGUUCCAUGGUUCUAGUCCCAAAAGCUCAGAAGCUGUUUCUCAGAGCUCUGAAGAAUCUGAAGAAUACGAGUCUGACAACUGGGAUAACCAAUCUGUUAGUACAAAUAAAAGUACCUCACAUUCUGCAAGCCAGCAACCAAGACUUAAGAGGAAAGAGAGAGAAUCACCUCAGUAUAAGGCUUGGAAAAAGGCAAUUAGUAUAGUACUGAGAGAAGCUUCAUGUCAUAAAUAUGCGAACGUGUUUCUACAGAAGGUAACGAAUGAUGUUGCACCUGGAUAUCUUAGCAUUGUGUACAGGCCUAUGGAUCUGUCAUUAAUAAAGAAAAAUAUAGACAAUGGCAUUGUGAAGACCACAGAUGAGUUCCACAGAGAUAUGAUGCUUAUGUUUCAGAAUGCAAUAAUGUAUAACAGUUCUGAUCAUGAUGUACAUCACAUGGCUAUAGAAAUGCAGAGAGAUGUAAUUCAGCAGAUCCAGGCAUUUCUGACAACACAGUCCAAUGACAAAGAUGAAAAUGGUGAACCAGCUUCUUCAUUGAGAGGAGGGAGAACAAUUAAGUCUCAGAAAACUUAUGGCAGCAGCAUAACAAAGUCAAGAGAUGAAGCAGACCGAAAUGAAUAACUUACUAAAAAUCAUUAUUUAAAUUUCCUUUACAUAUUGUAUGUAUAAAGCAUUAGAGCUUCAACACCA